AUGACGAGGUACUGUGCAGUUUUUGAGUGCUUUCCCCCUUGGAACAGCAAUAACUUGGAUUCUAGAUACGUAGCUGCGUACAAGAGUUCAACACAAACAACAAGAAAGCUACAAGUAAGAAUGUCCUGUAAAUGUGAGCGAGUAGCUACAACAUGUCCGAGUGUCCAAGGAGGUCCGUGA